AUGGUUUAUUUGGCUGUGCUGCCUGUGGUCCUGUGUUUACAGGGCCGUGAUGUAGGUCCACAGCCUGACACUGAAAACUGCACCCCUUUAUCGCCCCAUCUACAGCCGGCCGGCACACUCAGCUCCGCUCUGCUGGAGAGGAGACAGGUUUCAGUUGCAUCUACCUGCUCCCAAAACCCCCAGGAUCUAUUUGUCCUGCAGUGGUCAAUGAUCUCCGCUGGACCGCCUUUGGCCGCCCCGAGUGCCUCGCACACGACCGCCGCAGCGGCUGCCAUGAUAAUGAGUGAGUCCGAGGUUAGCUGUGACGUGUCCCCGGACACCAGCGAUAUUCUGAGGUUGCUCGGAUGUAAACAGCAGGCUCCGGAGAGAGCCAGGGAGCAGCUUCUGGAAGGGUUCCGUCCAGCUCUGGUUCUGUGUUGUGUCCUGCGCCAAAGGCACGAGGGUCAGGCCGUUGGCGCCCAGGUGGGCUUGGGAAACUGUCUGAGGUCUGUGGCCGCCGUUCAACAAACGCACGGUGGUCCUCGUGGAGGAAACAGACGGCUACGUCCUCAACGCCUUGUGCAUCCUCCUUGUGUUUAUGCCACGCCGAGGUGUAACCCGUUCCACGCCGGGAUCCCAGACCGGAGACACACACGCUGUCAGACUAAACAGGAAGCCCGGGCAGGAGUUAUCCAGGGGCAGGGCCAGAAGAAUGCCAGGUCAUGGGGUGUGCCGGGGUGCUCCGGGGUGGCAGUGCUCCCCUGGCCUUGGAGCAGAUGGCCCGUACGAAGGCUUUUGACGAGAGCAGAGGCCCCACGGGGGGAGAGGGUGGGGGGAGAGUUCAAGGCUGGGCGCAGUGCUUUGCAGCUAAAAGGAAGACUUGUCUUGUUGUUCUCUAAAAACAGUGGAACAAUACGCCAGUUUAGCUCGCAGCAGAAGGCAAACACCAGCAUGGGAAACUCAGAGAGCCAGUACAGCAUUGAGGGUCCAAAAAGCACAAACUCCAUCUUUCCUGGGAAGCAGAAGCCGUACGCGCUGAAGCCCCGUUCAGCCAGAGACGACGUCCUGUCCCCACACACGUGGUGGAAGAACACUGCGGCCGGCUCGGGGUACAAAGCCAGGUGUGUCGGCCGCGGCUGUCUGUCCCCUCCUAAAAGUCGGCCGCCUUACUCUGCCCAGCGCUGUGACUAUGUCUCCAAAGGGGCCCGGGGCAGCCCGGCCGAGCACCACUGGCACCGGUCCCCCGGCUGCGGCAUACGCAAGCGGCACAUGUCGGACGCAUACGAAGAGAAUCCAUACGGGACGGAGCUCAGUGGAAGUGGAUGCAGCGACGAGCACAAGGUUUUAGACGAGCAAAGCAGUCCCAGGGUGGUGAUCAAGAAGGAUGGUACCCUCAGGGUGGAGUUCACCAACACCUCAGGCGGCCCCCUCCUCCUGGGUGAGGCCUCUGGCCCCGUCCAGCUCCUCAAAUUUUCUCCAAAUCUGGAGUCCGCUUCCACUCCCAGCCUGCCCGGUUCCAGCGGCAGUCGGCAGGACGACCACCGCGGCGGCCCGCCGCCGCCAGCCUCUACCUCCUCCACAGCCAGAACCAGCAAGGGCAGCUCCCUGAGCUCCGAGGGCUCGUGGUACGACUCCCCGUGGGGACCCAGCACAGAGCUCGCCGAGCAGGACCAGGCCUGCUCCGCCAGCAGGACGUUGGUGGACUCCCCCGUUCGGCAACUGGAAUCCUUUGCUGAGCAGUGUCCCAUGUCCAUCGCAGACCUUUACAGGGACCCGGCGAUGGCGGCCACCUUUCCUACGGGGAGGGACCUGUCCUCCCAGUUGCUAGAGGCCUCACCGAGCCAGAGGUCCCACCGGGCCUCCUUCGCCGCCGUGCUGGACGGUCCUCUAGAGGAGGAGUGCUCAGAGCCCCGCCAGUACUCGUCCUACACUCUGCCCUGCCGCAGGGCCAAAGCCCACACCGUCACCGAGGAGCUGGACCAGUACCAGGACCAGAAGCAGGACCGGGAGCCGGCCGGACACGAGUUUGGCCCCCAUAAAAAAGGCUCCAUCAAAAACCGCAUGAGACGCUUCAGUGACUGGACGGGCAGCCUCAGCCGCAAGAAGAGGAAGUCUCAGGAGACGAGAUACAAGGACCUGAGCGAUGCCUUCGACAGCGGGGUGGAUGGCCUGACGGCAGACACCAGCUCCCCCUCCCAAGUCUCCAGCCUCCUGUGGAUCCCCGGGGCCUCCCGGGCUCAGUCCUCCGGAGCCAUCCACCAGACGACCAACGACGCCGUCCGCCAGAACAUCUACGAGAACUUCAUGAGGGAGCUGGACAUGGGCGCCGGACAGGGGGGAGGCGAGAGGGGAGACCCGUCCACGGGCACCGAGGAGGGCGAGAGCAGCAGCGAGUCGGCCGAGGGCUCCCUGGAGCAGCUGGACCUGCUGUUCGAGAAGGAGCAGGGCGUCGUGAGGCGGGCCGGCUGGCUCUCCUUUAAGCCCCUGGUAACCCUGCACAAGGACAGAAAGCUGGAGCUGGUGACCCGCCGGAAGUGGAAGCAGUUCUGGGUGACCCUGAAAGGGUGUACGUUACUCUUCUUUGAAACGUACGGUAAAGGCCCCCCGGAGCAGGAGCUGUCGCCCCGCUACGCCCUCCUGGCAGAGGACAGCAUCGUCCAGGCUGUCCCUGAGCACCCCAAGAGGGAAAACGUCUUCUGCCUGAGCAACUCGUUUGGGGACGUCUACCUCUUCCAGGCCAGCAACCAGACCGACCUGGAGAACUGGGUGACGGCCAUCCACUCUGCCAGCGCCUCGCUGCUGGCCAAGCGCCAGGGGAAGGAGGACACGGUGCGCCUGCUGCGGAGCCAGGUCCGCGGCCUGCUGCAGAAGAUCGACAUGGACGGCAAGAUGAAGAAGAUGGCCGAGCUGCAGCUGACGGUCGUCAGCGACCCAAAGAACCGCAAAGCUAUCGAGAAUCAGAUCCAGCAGUGGGAGCAGAACCUGGAGCGGUUCAACAUGGACCUCUUCAGGAUGCGCUGCUACCUUGCCAGUCUGCAGGGGGGGGAGCUGCCCAACCCCAAGAGCCUGCUGGCCAUCGCCAGCCGUCCCACCAAAACCACCCUGGGACGCCUGGGGAUUUUUUCCGUGUCCUCCUUCCACGCUCUGAUCUGUUCCAGAGACGAGGCCAUGGUGAGGCGCCGCUCUUUGUCCCUGACUUGCAGACAGCGCAAGAGAGGCCUGUUUUCCUCUCUCAAAGGCCUCGACAACUUCACUAAGAGGGGUCGGGAGAAAAGGCCCUCUGCGUCUCAGAUCUUUGAGAGCGAUGCUGGAGGCCAGACGUACGCCCUGCCCCCCAGAAGCUCCGAGCGGCUGGACGUGCUGGCCAGCAUAUACUCCAUGUCGCCCCCCGAGGGGGGCCUUUGGGACGGUGUCUGCAGCCCCCCCGACGUGGUGAUGCGCGUCCGCAUGCAGGACGGCCUGACAAUCCAGGUUCCGGUCAGAAGAGACCAGACGGCUGCCGACCUUCUCUGCGCAGCCUGCAAGGUGAAACAACUGGACCCGGACUCACACAGCCUGCGGCUGCACGGGCAGGACGGGGGGGGGCGCCACCUGGCUCCCGGGGAGCUGCUCCGCGACCUGGUGGGCGAGGAGCUGGAGGUGGUUCCGGCGAGUGUGUUUUCUCUGCACAUGAGGAGGCCGAGCAGCUCGGCAGACUUCGGUUUCGCCAUAACGGGCCACAUAGACACCCAGAAGAACAGCAGGAUUUUUGUCAACGAAGUGCUCCCCGAUGGGCCGGCGUUCUGCGAAGGUCUGCGUCCGGGCGACGAGAUCCUGACGCUGAAUAGCCGCUGCGUCUCGGGUUUGGAUCUGGCCUUGAUCCAGACCCUGUUCGCCGAGCAAACCCUGCACCUGAGGCUGAGGAGGGCCGGUCCGGCGGGGGCCGCCGCCUGCCCGCCCCCCCCCUGCAGACAGAAGCAGGAGCUCCGCAGCAAGCACCACAGAGCCAAGUCCUCCUCAGAUGUGUGUGCCGCAGCAGAGUGUGGCGAUACCCUGUGCGUAGGACUGGAGAACGGUCACUCCCACUGCGCACACAGGCCCGUUCAGCACAGCAAGAGCGUGGACACCGUGUGCACCCUGUACCAAUCCUUCCAGGAAGGCCCGGGGUCCGGCGGGGGGAUGGACGACGGCCGGAACGCCUCGGCGGGGGAGGGGGGGGGCGGCGGCCGGACCGGGCACCCUGCUCCGGCCCACCUGAGCGCCCCCGAGAGGCUGCGCAAGGUCAUCCAGGAGCUGGUGGACACGGAGAAGUCCUAUGUGAAGGAUCUGGACUGCCUGUUUACCAUCUACCUGAAACCCCUGCAGAACGAGACCUUCCUCACACAGGAUGAGAUGGAGAGUCUGUUUGGCAGUCUGCCCGAGAUGCUGGACUUCCAGCGGGUCUUCUUGCAGACACUGGAGGAGAGGAUCGCCUCCUCCCCCGACUUCAGCACCCUGGAGACGCCUUCCCAGUUUAAGAAGCUGCUCUUCUCUCUCGGGGGCUCCUUCCUCUACUACGCUGACCACUUCAAGCUCUACAGCGGCUUCUGUGCAAACCACAUCAAGGUCCAGCAGGUCCUGAAGAGAGCUAAGACAGAUCAGGCCUUCAAAGAGUUCUUGGAUGCGAAGAACCCCACCAAGCAGCACUCCUCCACCCUGGAGUCGUACCUCAUAAAGCCUGUGCAGAGGGUGCUGAAGUACCCCCUGCUGCUCAGGGAGCUGGUCUCCCUCACCGACGCAGACAGCGAGGAGCACUACCACCUCAGCGAGGCUCUGAAAGCCAUGGAAAAGGUGGCCAGCCACAUCAACGAGAUGCAGAAGAUCUACGAGGACUACGGCUCCGUCUUCGACCAGCUGGUGGCGGAGCAGACGGGUCAUGUGAAAGAGGUCACCGAGAUUUCCAUGGGAGAGUUUCUCAUGCAUUCUUCAGCGAUCUGGCUCAACCCCCAUCCCUCGCUGGGCCGCAUGAGAAAAGAUCCCGAGCUGACUGUGUUCGUCUUCAAGAAAGCAGUGAUAUUGGUCUACAGGGAAAACAACAAGCUGAAGAAGAAGAUGACCAACCCUCGAUCGGCUCUGUGUCACGGAGAUUCUGACCCAUUUAAGUUCCGCUGGCUUAUCCCGCUCUCCGCGCUGCAGGUCCGGCUGGGAAACACUGCAGGAACAGGCACUGAAAGCAGCUGCAUCUGGGAGCUGAUCCACUCCAGGUCUGAAGUGGAGGGCAGACCUGAGACGGUCUUCCAGCUGUGCAGCAGUGAGCCAGAGGGCAAGGUGAACAUCAUAAAGGUGCUGCGCUCCAUCCUGCGGGAGAACGUGAGGAGGGCCGUGAGGAGCGAGGGCACGCUGGACAGGAGCUGCAGGGAACAGCCGGCCCCCCUCCGCCGCACGCUGCCCGCCUCUGCCAAGCUCGGUUCCACCAGGGUUUCCUGGUGGUGUAAGCAGCCGCCUGAGGGCUCCGCCCAGGGUGGGAAUCCCAAGCCGGGGCCAGACUCGGAUGAGGGCAGCCUAAGCAGUGGAACCUACAGUUUUUCGGGGGCCCCUCCGGCCUGCACCUCCUCUGACUCGCACAGCUUCCCUCCUCAGCCCUCCUGGGCUGAGCCUCGGGGGCCUGCCCCCCCCACCCGCUCCGCCUCGGUCAAAGAGUCGGACAUACUGAGCGACGAGGACGACGACGGCUUCAGCGAGGGGGUGGCCAGGCGGGAUAGCGGGGACAGCGGCUCCCCGACCAGCGCCAUCGAAGCUCAGUUCAUCCAGCUGAAGCUGUCCGAGGACGCCGUGCCAAAGUGCGCCCCGGCCCCCCGCGUGCAGCCGGAGGGGAGCGGGGACACCCCGGAGAUCCAGCAGAAGACGGCGCGGGGCCGCUUCGGCGCCGGCAGGAGAAAAACGGGCAGUCUGAAGGGUCACCGCGGGGUGCUGCUGCACAUGAGGGAGCAAAGCGGGUCAGCGGACGGCGGCGUAGACCCGGCGGCGGCCCCGUGCGGCGCCGCGGACCUCAGCACGCUGCUGGAGCGGGAGUUCAGCGUCCAGAGCCUGACCUCUGUGGUCAACGAGGACUGUUUCUUUGAUCCCUCUGAAAGCUGCGCCGCAGACUGUGGGAACGCCACGUCCCCUUAG